UGGCUUGAAGUGCCCGCCCCCCAUCUUGGGGCUUACGGUUUGCAGGGGGGCGCUGGUCUCAGGACUAGGCUGCCACCAGCGGGGCUUUGGGUGGGGCAGCUCCUAUCAGAGGUGGCACCAUGGAGCUUGCUCACGGAGAUGGCACCGGUCCCAACCCUGUUGCCCAGCCUUCUGCUCCCUGCGAGCCCCCUGAUGUGUCCCCCACUGCUCACAUAAAGCCGGACCUGAGUUCUGGGGACCAACCUGCCGGCCCAGGAGCAGCGGGUGAGGCUCUGACGGUGCUGACCUCGUUCGGGCGGAGGUUGCUGGUCUUGGUGCCCGUGUACCUGGCAGGGGCAAUGGGACUUAGUGUGGGCUUCGUGCUUUUCGGCCUCGCCCUCUACCUGGGCUGGCGCCGGGUUCGAGACGAGAAAGAACGGAGCCUUCGAGCGGCAAGGCGGCUGCUGGACGACGAGGAGCGACUCACGGCGAAAACACUUUAUAUGAGCCAGCGCGAGUUGCCUGCCUGGGUCAGCUUCCCAGAUGUGGAGAAGGCUGAGUGGCUGAACAAGAUUGUGGCUCAGGUCUGGCCCUUCCUGGGCCAAUAUAUGGAGAAGCUUUUGGCUGAAACAGUGGCCCCAGCUGUUCGAGGAUCUAAUCCACAUCUGCAAACAUUUACAUUCACACGAGUGGAACUGGGUGAAAAGCCUUUGCGCAUCUUAGGAGUCAAGGUUCACACGGGUCAGAGCAAAGAACAGAUCCUGCUGGACUUGAACAUCAGCUAUGUAGGUGAUGUACAGAUUGAUGUGGAAGUGAAGAAAUAUUUCUGCAAAGCAGGACUCAAGGGCAUGCAGCUACAUGGUGUCUUACGGGUCAUUCUGGAGCCACUCAUUGGGAACCUUCCUAUCGUGGGGGCUGUGUCAAUGUUUUUUAUCAGACGUCCGACGCUAGAUAUCAACUGGACAGGCAUGACCAACCUGCUGGAUAUCCCAGGACUCAGCUCCCUCUCGGACACCAUGAUCAUGGACUCCAUUGCUGCCUUCCUGGUGCUGCCCAAUCGGUUAUUGGUACCCCUUGUGCCUGACCUUCAAGAUGUUGCCCAGUUGCGCUCCCCUCUUCCCAGGGGCAUUAUUCGGAUCCACCUGUUGGCUGCUCAAGGGCUCAGUUCCAAGGACAAAUAUGUGAAGGGCCUGAUUGAAGGCAAGUCUGACCCCUACGCACUUGUGCGAGUGGGAACCCAGACAUUCUGCAGCCGCGUCAUUGAUGAGGAACUCAACCCUCAGUGGAAAGAGACUUAUGAGGUGAUGGUACACGAGGUUCCAGGGCAGGAGAUAGAGGUCGAGGUGUUUGACAAGGAUCCAGAUAAAGAUGACUUUCUGGGCAGAAUGAAGCUGGAUGUAGGGAAAGUAUUAAAGGCUGGAGUACUGGAUGAUUGGUUCCCUCUACAAGGCGGUCGAGGUCAAGUUCACUUAAGACUAGAAUGGCUGUCUCUUUUGCCAAAUGCAGAAAAACUGGAGCAGGUUCUCCAGUGGAAUCGAGGAGUCUCCUCCCGACCGGAACCCCCAUCAGCUGCCAUCUUAGUCGUCUAUCUGGAUCGGGCCCAGGAUCUUCCUCUAAAGAAGGGAAACAAGGAGCCCAACCCUAUGGUGCAGUUAUCAAUUCAGGAUGUGACCCAGGAGAGUAAGGCAGUUUACAACACCAACAGCCCGGUGUGGGAAGAAGCCUUCCGAUUCUUCCUGCAAGACCCUCGAAGCCAGGAAAUCGAUGUGCAGGUGAAAGAUGACUCCAGGGCCCUGACUUUAGGGGCACUGACCUUGCCUCUGGCUCGUCUGCUGACGGCCCCUGAACUUACCCUGGACCAGUGGUUCCAGCUCAACAGCUCUGGCUCAAACUCCAGGCUCUACAUGAAACUGGUUAUGAGGAUCUUGUACCUGGAUACAUCAGAGGUGCGUUUCCCCACCGUGCCUGGUACUGUGGAUGCCUGGGACCAGGACAGUGAGAGCCCCCAGAUGGGCAGCAGUGUGGACGCUCCCCCACGGCCCUGUCAUACCACUCCUGAAAGUCACUUUGGGACCGAGAAUGUGCUUCGAAUCCACAUAUUGGAGGCCCAGGACCUGAUUGCCAAAGAUCGUUUCUUAGGGGGACUGGUGAAGGGCAAAUCAGACCCCUAUGUCAAACUAAAGCUGGCAGGACGAACCUUCCGGAGCCGUGUUGUUCGGGAAGAUCUCAAUCCCCGCUGGAAUGAGGUUUUUGAGGUGAUUGUCACAUCAAUCCCAGGCCAAGCACUAGAGGUUGAAGUUUUUGACAAGGACCUGGAUAAGGAUGACUUUUUGGGCAGGUGUAAAGUGAGUCUUACCACCGUCCUAAACAGUGGCUUCCUUGAUGAGUGGCUGACCCUGGAGGACGUCCCCUCUGGCCUCCUGCACUUACGUCUGGAAUGUCUGACUCCCCGGCCCACUGCUGCUGAGCUAGAGGAGGUGCUGCAAGUGAACAGUCUGAUCCAGACUCAGAAGAGUGCCGAGCUGGCAGCAGCCCUGCUGUCCAUCUAUCUGGAGAGGGCUGAGGACCUGCCGCUCCGAAAAGGCACCAAAGCCCCCAACUCUUACGCUACUCUCACUGUGGGAGACACAUCUCAUAAAACUAAGACUGUUCCCCAAACUUCAGCUCCUAUAUGGGAUGAGAGUGCUUCCUUUCUCAUCAGGAAACCACACACAGAGAGCUUGGAGUUACAGGUUCGAGGUGAGGGGACUGGCACACUAGGCUCACUAUCCCUGCCUCUCUCAGAGCUCCUAGAGGCUGACCAGCUCUGCCUGGACCGCUGGUUCACACUCCACAAUGGUCAAGGGCAGGUGCUACUGAGAGCACAGCUGGGGAUCCUGGUGUCCCAGCACUCGGGAGUGGAAGCACAUAGCCACACUUAUAGCCACAGCUCCUCCCCUCUGAGUGAAGAACCAGAGGCCUGGGGGGGCCUCCCUCAUAUCACCUCCUCAGCCCCGGAGCUCCGACAACGCCUAACACAUGGUGACAGCCCCCCUGAGGCUGCGGCAGGGCCUCUGGGCCAGGUGAAGCUGACUGUUUGGUACUACAGCGAAGAGCGAAAGCUGGUCAGCAUUGUCCACAGUUGCCGGGCUCUUCGACAAAAUGGACGCGAUCCCCCUGAUCCCUACGUGUCACUGUUGCUACUACCGGACAAGAACCGGGCCACCAAGAGGAAGACCUCGCAGAAGAAGAGGACCCUAACUCCUGAAUUCAACGAACGGUUCGAGUGGGAACUGCCCCUGGAGGAGGCCCUCCGGCGAAAGCUGGAUGUGUCUGUGAAGUCUAGUUCCUCCUUCAUGUCAAGAGAGCGUGAGCUGCUGGGGAAGGUGCAACUGGACCUAGCUGAGAAAGACCUUUCCCAGGGUGCGGCCGAGUGGCAUGACCUCAUGGAUGACAAGGACAAGGGCAGCUCCUAAGACCCAGGAUCACCAGACGAAUUGCUGGCUUAUUGCCUUCCUCAUGCUGCAUCAUCGCCUCUGUGAUGAGCCAAAAGCUGGGCCAGGGGAGACUCUGUACUCCUAGGUCCUCUUACCUCCCAGGUCCUACUAGGGCCUUUGCCUGACCAAAGAGGAGGACCUUCUGUCGCCCUCAACUGCAUGGCCUUUAUCCUCCUGGGCGGGAUCAGGGCUGGCUAUUUCCUGCUCUGCCUGCACACUGUUGUCCUUCCCUUCCAAGUCCUCAGGGCCUUCAGUACCCGUGCCUGGCCACUGGUAGCACUAGUAGUGGCCUUAGCUUAUGCCAAAUGCUUUUAGAAAUAUAAAAGGUUGUCUGUUUGUUAGGCAUCACCGGGUCCUCACACAUGCACGAUCUCACUGCUCUGGGCCAACAUUUUCAUUCAAAUAGAGAGAGAGGGUUCGAGAGAGAGAUACCACAGCACCCAAGUUUCCCUCAAGGCCAUACCAUUCUCCCUCCUUCUGUUCCCUGCACUCAGACUGGCUAUAUGCACAGUAAGGAGGUGCCCUAAACAAUGAGCUAUGCUCCAGACCUACUUUUCUUCUGUUUGCCAUCAGGCUUAUUGCUAGGUUCGUACCUGCAGACUCUACCACUCCCAGUAGUCUCUCUCUCUCUCUCUCUCUCUCUCUGUCUUCAAACUUUCUAGAUAGAGGGUGAGAGAGGGAGAGAGGAGAGACACCACAGCACCAAUCUACCACUUGUGAAACUUUUCCCCUGCAGGUGCCCCCAUGUGGUGGCCCAGGACUCAAAACCAGGUCCUUGUACAUGGUAACAUGUAUGUUCUACUGGCCGAGCCAUCUGCCAGAUCACUCCCUCUGCUCUUUUCAUUUGAUUUGAAUGGCCAGCUUCUCUACUGAGAAUAGUCGGGAGGGAAAGUAAGAAGAUAAAGUGGCCACCCAAGCUGUGAGUCUCUUGUAUUGCAUGUAGCAAAUAUGCAGCCACCCCUGUUCAUUUCUGUCCCCGUUUCCUCAAGCCUGUCCUAAAAAGUACACCUGCUGUGGUGACCGGGGGCCAUCUUUUGAUUCAUUCUGGAAAUUGGAAACCAAGCCUUCAAGUAACAGACCAGUCUUGGGAAGUCUAGCUGGUGCCCUGCAGAGGUUUAAAAGAAUUUGGAAAAGGUGGGCCAAUUUUUUAGGCUGUUGACUGACUGAUUUGAAUAGAAUCUUAAUUUUGCACCAACUCUGCCAAUUCACUGUAUCUUACAUUAAAUACUAUACUAAACCCA